AUGCUCAAAGAAGCUAAGGGACAUAUCAUGUUCCUUAAAGCUGAGCUAGAGAGCAUGCACGCGUUCCUGAAGAAGAUGUCAGACAUGGAAGAGCCUGACGAGCAAGACAAGUGCUGGGUGAAGGAGGUACGUGAACUCUCCUACGAUAUAGAUGACAGUAUCAAUGAGUUCCUGCAUCGCGUCGAGCGCAAGUACAGCAGCAUGCCGCGUGGAUUCAAGGGGUUCAUGGAUAGAAGCAUGAGCCUACUGACAACCAUGAACAUUCGGCAUCAGAUUGCGAAGGAGCUGGAAGGCCUCAGGAGUCGUGUCAUGGAGGUGAACGAGCGACGCAUGAGGUACAAGGUCGAUGAAAUUGUUUCCAAGCCAAACAACACAGUCGUCGAUUCUCGUGUUUUGGCACUCCAUGCAGAGUCAGCCAGCCUUGUUGGUAUUGAGGAGCCCAGGGACCAACUGAUAAAAUUGAUGGAUGAAGAGAGUGUGCCUGCUUUACAUCAGCUAAAGGUGCUCUCUAUUGUCGGAUUUGGAGGUCUUGGAAAAACUACCCUUGCAAAUGAGAUUUAUCGCAAGCAAGAGGGCUUGUUCCUGUGUCAAGCUUUUGUUUCUGUGUCCCAAAAACCAAAUAUUAGGAAGGUACUAAGGACUAUACUAUCUCAAGUUGGCUUUAAACCUCCUAUGAACACCAACAUGGAAAUGUGGGAAGAGUCUGAAUUGAUUAGGACGCUGCAAAAUUUUCUUUUGUAUAAGAGGUACUUCAUUGUAAUUGAUGACAUAUGUGAUGCUCCUUCAUGGGAUAUUAUAAGAUGUGGUCUUCCAGAGAGCAUGAAUGGAAGCAGAGUAAUCACAACUACACGAAUCGAGACUGUCGCUAGAGCUUGCUGCACUAAUUGCUAUGAAUAUGUUUAUAAGAUGAAACCACUUAAUGAACAAGGCUCAAGAAGGUUAUUGUUCAAAAGGAUAUUUGGUUCAGAGGAUGCUUGCCCGCCUAAUUUGAAAGAAGUCUCAGCAGGAAUUUUUAAAAAAUGUGGCGGUUUACCUCUUGCAGUUAUCACAAUAUCUAGCCUUUUAGCCAAUCAAGAAAGUAAACUGAAGGACUGGUGGGAGUACGUACAAAAAUCUCUAGGGUCCAGCUUUGAAGUGAGCCCAAGCUUGGAUGGCAUGAGACAAAUAUUAAACCUCAGCUACAUAAACCUUCCUCGUUAUUUGAAGACUUGUAUGCUAUAUCUCGGCAUUUAUCCAGAGGACUACACAAUCAAUAAGAAUGAUUUGGUUAGACAAUGGAUAAGUGAAGGUUUUAUAUGUGCAGGUCGUGGGACAGAUCCAGAGGAUAUUGCAAAGAGCUAUUUUAAUGAGCUUAUCAAUAGGAGUUUGAUUCAGCCCGUAGAUACAGACUACAAUGGUGAGGUGAUGUCUUGCAGGGUUCAUGACAUGAUGCUUGAUCUUAUCAUACAUAAAUCCAGAGAAGAUAAUUUUAUCACUGUAAUAGAUGAUAUUCAAGAUUUGACAAGACAGCACAACAAGAUCCGUCGACUCUCACUCAGUUUGGAUGGUGCAAUAGAUGAAACAGUAGGAAGAUCCUUCCAGCUAUCCCAAACACGAAUGCUAGCAAGAUUUGGUACCUCUUUAUAUCUGCCUCCUAUUUUACAGUUCAAGCAUCUCCGAGUUUUGACGAUUGAAAUUUCAAGUGGGCCCUUUUCAUCGGAGUUACUGGACUUGAAUGGAAUAUGUCAUUUGUUUCAACUGGGAUUCUUAAAGAUCAUAGCAAGUGGUCGUCAUGUGGUGUUACCUAGUAAAAUUGGACGUCUGCAGCAACUGAAAACAUUUGAAAUAAAAGGACGAUUAGAUCUGCAGCUACCAUCAGAUAUUGUCCAUUUGAGCCGUUUAUCGCAUCUGAUUGUUCCAGAAGAUGUAAUAUUUCCUAGUGGGAUAAGUAACAUGAAAUCAUUGCGUACUCUACGUUGCUUUGAUUUGAGAAACUCACUAGACAAUAUCAAGGGUCUGAGAGAACUGACAAAUCUGACAAAUGUUGAAAUCGGAUAUACUGACUACACAUCCACCAAUAGAGACGAGUUUGCUGCAAAAUGUGGGGAACUUGUGCACGCCCUUGGAAACAUUUGCAGCCUCAAAUGUCUAUUUAUUCGUAGUGAUCUCCUACCUGUCACUCUCAGAGCCUGCUUAGAUUCAUGGUGUUCAGUCCCAACUUCUUUCAUUCAUCUCCAGAGCUUUCAUGCAAAAAUCCCGGACGACGCGUUCUCCAUCAGUUGCUAUGCGCCGGAGGACUUCCUCGUCAAGUUCAACUCUCGCCACGAUCUGGAGGACGUUCUGCGCGGUCCGGUUCCGAUCGGGACACCCUUCUUCCUGGUCUGGAAGCACUGGCGGCGCCAGUCCAGGGCGUCCGCCGGAGCUCUCAAGUACAAGGUGCUCGUCGGCUUGUCCGGGCUGCCUGCCCAUGUCUGGAGUCCGUAG